CCGGCGCCCGGCGCCCGGCGCGCGCACGCUGCCCGGCGUCCUCGCUCCCGGGGCGUCGCCCCGCGUGCGCCGGAGUUGAGGAGGCCACCCCCAGCACCGGAAGUGACCCUGGCGGGUUUGCCUUCAAAUUCUCGGCGAGGUGAAGCAGCGCCGGGGCUUGUGACGGUUGAACCCAGCCGUGCUGGGUCCGUGAACGGGUCAGAGGGGUUGGGACUGGGCUGGGCCCUGCUUCCUUGCCGCCUCGAGCCACGCACGGCCCUUCCCCUCCGCCUGGCGGUGGGCGGUUUCCCGAGGAGCCUCGGCAGGCACAGCUUACAAUUGAGCAUGAGUCUUCUCAUGAUUAGUGAGAAUGUAAAAUUGGCUCGUGAAUAUGCAUUGCUGGGGAACUAUGACUCUGCCAUGGUCUAUUACCAGGGAGUUCUUGACCAGAUGAACAAGUAUCUGUAUUCAGUCAAAGAUACCUAUCUCCAGCAGAAAUGGCAACAGGUUUGGCAGGAAAUAAAUGUGGAAGCUAAGCAUGUUAAAGAUAUCAUGAAGACACUGGAGAGCUUUAAACUAGACCACACUCCACUGAAAGCUGCCCAACACGAGCUUCCAGCGUCCGAGGGGGAGGUCUGGUCCCUGCCUGUACCUGUUGAACGAAGGCCCUCGCCAGGACCUAGAAAACGCCAGUCUCCUCAGUACGGUGACCCUAAACCACACAGUAAUCGACCAAAUACAACUGCCAGAGUUCACCGUUCAUCUGCACACAGUCUGCACAACGACAGAGGGAAACCUGUUCGUUGUCGGGAAAAGAAAGAGCAAAAUAAAGGAAGAGAGGAAAAGAACAAAUCACCUGCUGCAGUUACAGAACCAGAGACAAGUAAAUUUGAUAGUACUGGAUAUGAUAAGGACUUAGUAGAAGCUUUGGAAAGAGAUAUAAUUUCUCAGAAUCCCAAUGUUCGAUGGGACGAUAUUGCUGAUUUAGUGGAAGCUAAAAAGUUGCUCAAGGAAGCUGUGGUGUUACCCAUGUGGAUGCCAGAAUUCUUUAAGGGCAUCAGGAGACCAUGGAAAGGAGUGUUGAUGGUUGGGCCACCCGGCACAGGAAAGACCCUCCUUGCUAAAGCAGUAGCUACGGAAUGCAAGACAACAUUCUUCAAUGUGUCCUCAUCCACUCUGACUUCCAAGUACAGAGGAGAGUCCGAGAAGCUUGUCCGUCUUCUGUUCGAAAUGGCUCGAUUUUACUCUCCGGCUACCAUAUUUAUCGAUGAGAUCGAUUCCAUUUGCAGUCGCAGAGGGACUUCAGAAGAGCACGAGGCAAGCAGGAGGGUGAAAGCAGAGCUGCUGGUUCAGAUGGAUGGUGUUGGGGGUGCUUCUGAAAAUGAUGACCCUUCCAAGAUGGUUAUGGUUCUGGCGGCUACUAACUUUCCCUGGGAUAUUGAUGAGGCAUUAAGACGACGUCUUGAGAAAAGAAUCUAUAUUCCAUUACCAUCAGCAAAAGGCAGGGAGGAGCUGUUACGAAUAAGUCUACGUGAGCUGGAAUUGGCUGAUGAUGUUGACCUUGCAAGUAUAGCAGAAAAUAUGGAAGGUUAUUCGGGUGCGGACAUUACCAACGUGUGCAGGGAUGCAUCCUUGAUGGCAAUGAGAAGGCGUAUUGAAGGUUUGACCCCAGAAGAAAUCAGAAAUCUUUCAAAAGAGGAAAUGCACAUGCCUACAACUAUGGAGGAUUUUGAAAUGGCUUUAAAAAAAGUUUCUAAGUCAGUUUCUGCUGCAGAUAUUGAAAGAUACGAGAAAUGGAUAUUUGAGUUUGGAUCAUGCUAAAUUCUCACAUGUAAACUGUGAGAAACCUGCCUUAAGUGUUUGAAUAAUAAUUAAAUGUAGUAUUUCAUUGCACCGAGUGCUAUAUUUUUUUAAACUUUCAUAAUGGUAAGAUUUUAAAAACGAUUCUGAAUAAAGGCAGUUUUUUAAAGCUGCAA